CCAGUGCUCUAGUCUUCGUUACUUCAUCAAAUCCCCUUAUCCACAUUUCAGAACCGGAAAGGAGAGGAGAGCGAAGAAGGAAAAAGAAAAUGGAACCUUUGUGGAAGGAGCAGGACUACCUCAGUUGCUGCGGUAGCAAGAGCUUCGCGAAGGAGAUGGCCGCCGCCUCCCCCUUCGCCGAUCUCGAUCACGCUCUCCAAUCCGCCAGGGAAAUUUGGUUCAACAAGAUCGAUGUGAACGGAUGGCUCGAGGCCUUCGCCUCUCAUCCGGCGAUCGGCGCCGCAUCCCCUUCCAUUUCCCAGUGGAGCAAGGAAGAGCAGUCCACUGCGCUAGCUACUGCUACCGAUUCCACUGUUCAGGAAUUGGUCGAGUGGAAUGCUCGAUACAGGGCGAAGUUUGGAUUUGUGUUUCUGAUAUGUGCGUCCGGCAGGGGCACUCUAGAGAUCCUAGCUGAAUUGAAGAAACGUUACCUCAAUAGGCCCAUCGUUGAAUUUGAGAUAGCAGCACAGGAGAACAUGAAAAUAAUUGAAUUGCGUCUUGCAAAGCUUUUCAAGACCCAGGCCAGAACGGCCCCAUCCAUGACCACACAGCUUCCUGCCACGCAAUCAGAUAAAGCUGGAGAUCGUAUCGGCAUAGUUGGGGCACAUCUUUCAGCUGUUGCCAAGGCAUCUGCCAAUAAAUCCCCUGAAAUUUCAGGUAACAGUCAACGCACUCGCCCUCCAAUCACAACCCAUGUCUUGGAUGUUGCUCGUGGCUCUCCUGCAUCAGGAAUGGAGGUACACUUGGAGAUGUGGAAGGACACCCUGCAAUGCCCAUCAUUCACAGACCGGGAUUCGAGCAAGUGGAUGUUGGUAGGCUCUUCGGUCACAAAUACUGAUGGUCGUAGUGGUCCUUUGAUGGGCAUUGUUGAUUAUAUCACACCUGGGUUUUAUCGAAUAAGUUUCAAUACUGGCAAGUACGUGAGCUCUGGCUUCUUUCCCUUUGUUAGCAUAGUAUUUGAGGUAAGGGAGAACGAAAGAUCAGAGCAUUUUCAUGUCCCUCUGCUGUAUUCACCGUUCUCCUUCACUACAUAUAGGGGUAGCUAGAUAAGGAAAGUGUUGUAUUAGAGAUACCAUUCAAAUAAUGAGGUUGAAGAACAAUUAAUGGUACUUGAUUGUGUUUGUUGAGGGACUUAGGAUGUAUUACUCUGGCUGGUUUGUGUAAUGCGAUGAUGAUGAACAUAUAUGUAUUAUGCCUCCCAGUGGGUGGCACAUCUGGGAGUUCUGUUUGGACAA